UACACUUUUUGCUGUGCAUGCAGCACGCUGGAGCAGCCAUGCACACUGGAAUUGCAAUUCUGCUCUUUGUAUGUGCAGCUUUUUUUGCUGCUUGUUGUUUAUUGGUAGUUGCCCCAGUGUAUUUAGAGCUGAGAAAUUUAAAUAUCCCUCCUGGAGUCGCUAAUCCUGGGAAACUACGCAUGAUUCAUUGCGUUUAUGUGGGUAUAAGUGUUGUGGGACACAUUUUGGGGCGAUUGGGGCUGUGCCAUCAGAUUAACUUUAUACGAUGCUGCAGAUGCUUUAUCAUGGCCAGCAAAAAGCCAGUGUCCCCCGGCCUUCGUAUUAAGGACUUAACCUUCAGUGGAGUUCCAGUGAGGGUGUAUGAGCCUAAAACUGCCUCGGGAGAGAAAAAAAGGGGCCUGGUGUACUUUCAUGGUGGUGGAUGGAUGUUUGGCUGCAUUGAUGAUUACGAUGAAGUUUGUCAGUAUAUAUCUCUGGAGAGUGACACCAUAGUUGUAUCUGUUGGUUACCGUCUGGCCCCCGAGCACAGGUACCCUGCCCACCUGGACGACUGUGAGGUCGUGACUCGCCAUUUCCUGUCAACAGCGGCAACCGAUUUCGAGGUUGACCCUCACAGGGUGGCAGUUGGUGGGGACAGUGCAGGGGCGAACCUGGCAGCCGCUCUCUGCCAGAGGCUGUCAAAGACACCGGAUUGUCAUCUGCCAUCUCCCUGUGCCCAGGUUCUCAUCUACCCAGCACUACAGAUGGCAGAUUUCCACCUGCCCUCAUACCAGCAGAACCACUCUGUGCCCAUAUUGUUCAGAGGCAGAGCGGCGUUCUAUUUCUUACAGUACCUCAAUGGGAAUACUUCUGUGAGCCAGCAGAUUCUGGAAGGCAAGCAUGUUCCUGUCGAGCUAAAACUUCGCUUUAAGAAAUGGCUGGAUCCAGAUAAUCUUCCACCUCAGUUUAGAAAGGGAGCAAGAAGUCCGCAGGUUAUUCCAAGCCAUGACCGUGAUGUCUAUCACAUCAUCAAACAAGGGCUGGAUCCAGAGAUCUCCCCUUUACUAGCCGAGGAUGAUGUUAUUCGCCUUGCGCCACCCACCUUCAUCUUGACCUGUGAGUUCGAUGUGCUGAGGGAUGAUGGCAUUCUGUUCCGCAAGCGACUGAAGGAUGCAGGAGUGGAAGUCACGUGGGAACAUCUAUCUGAUGGCUUCCACGGGAUCAUCAGUUUCUUCAACCAGGGCUGGUUGACAUUUCAAUCUUCUCAAAGGGGUAUGGACAGCAUUGUAAGAUAUAUAAGGACUCUCUGACUGAGAAGUCAGAAGAUUUGUCAGAAUGGCUUGGAACAUAGCCUGUAAGAAAUAUAGCAAUCCGAUCACUUUCCCAUUUGUUUUAAAGAAGAGUUAUAAGGUUGUUAAAGAUUUGCCAAAAAAAUACAGAGACUGGCAACCAGGUAAAGCAAGAAUGAUAAUUCUACAAAAUUGAGGAAUUUGAUAGAAUGUUUGAAUUUCAAUUGAUUAAAUGAAUUUAGAGUUUCUUCUCAACAGAUGAUCUAAACUCUAAGUUAAAGUUAUUCAUAAUACGUUGAACUUCGUUGAACAACAUCUUUAAAUCAUAGUCUAUAAUUCACAAUGCAUCAUGGGAUUGUAGUUCUUUUUUGUAUAAUUUUCAAAUACUUUUUGUUUUUGCAUAAAAAAAGUCAAGGUUUGUAAUGUUGUGAUUCACCUCGUAGCUGGUGGGUUUGUUUCAUGGCUUAUUAAAUAUGUUAAAAGUACCUAUAGGAAAAAAAGAAUAGAAAAAUAAUUCUAGAAAUGAGGCUGCUAAAAAAAGAUCUUUACUGAUUUUCUCCUUAAAGAAUCAUUGUCAUUCAGCAAUAUUCUGCGAAUAAUAGCAAGAAAGAUUAUUAUAUAUAUAUAUAUAUAUAUAUAUAUAUAUAUAUAUAUAUAUAUAUAUAUGUAUUUUAUUGUUUUGACUGAUGUGUUAAACUGUGUUUGUAAUGUACAAACAAUGCUCAAUUUGUCAAUUGAAUCAUGAUUGAUAUUCCAGUGUGUGACACUUAAAAUACCUCCCACAUCGCACUUCCCUUGUACAGCCUCAUUUGUAGGAGACUGCAGUCUUUCCUUUGGUGCUAAUUAUCAUCAUUGAGAGUGUAAGUCAUUUGCAUGGUGAAUUUAAAGGAAUCUGAUGAGCCUUCUUUCUUGCAGCUGCUCUCAUAGAGGGUAAUAUUCGGGUUAAAGAAUUAAAACCUCCACUAUUUUAAAUGGAUUUUUAACAAUAAUUGACAAAUCUUUAAAGACAGGCCUGCUGUGAGCUGAUUGUUAAUGCUUUAUUAAACCAAUCUGUUCAUAUUAAUUUGACUUUUGACUAUUUUUUUUAAUAAACAAGUUUUAUAG